UCUAAUUUUCUUAUUCACCUCUUCCUUUUUGUCUACGGACACGUCGUGAGCACGUUUUAAUUUUUGUAGUUUUUACGAAAGAAAUACAAAAAUGUCGUCUCACCUUAAUUGGAUGAUUAUCCGUAAUAAUAACGCUUUUCUUGUGAAGAAGCGUAACAUCAGAAAACCAUUCAGCAAGGAACCAAACAAUGUGACUAACCUAAGCUCCUACAGAUACAACGGUUUGAUUCACAAGAAGGCGAUCAGCGUGGUCGAGAAUCCUGACAGGAAAGGUUUCACUGUGGUAUACAAGAAGGCUAAAGCAACAAACAAACCUGCAAAGAAUGCGAUUCGCCGCCCAUUCAAAGCCGGUGCGAGGAGAUCCCUCUAUAAGGUAAAGAGAUUGCUGCAAGCAAACCACUACCGUACUGACUUGACAAAGGCGACGCUCCGUCGUGCAUCAGCCAUUCUCAGGUCCCAAAGGCCCAUUAAGCAGAAGAAACCAAAAGCGGCGGCUGCCAAGACGGAAUAACUUUGUACAUAAGCUGAUAAUAAAAAAAGAUUAAAAAAAAUCUUUUUUUUAAUUCUUUUACCUUUAUAGUUAGUAAAAAUAUCACAAUUUUUUUUUAAUAACGAAUAUUGUACAACUUUUCUCUGCUUGUAUAACUAGAGUUGCCAAAGACAGAAAGCAAUGGAAGUUGGUAGUUUUUGCCAAGAGCCACACCAAGCUUUGAGAUAUAAAAACCAUAUAUAUGUAUGUAUAUAUAUAUAUAUAUGUAUAUAAAUAUAUAUAUGUAUAUAUAUAUAUAUACAUAUAUAUGUACAGCUGGGAAGGGAUUGUUAGUAAUGGAAACUAUUAACCAUAUUGCUAGCAAUAUAUUGUCAGGUUGACUUCCAUACAGUCCUCUUUGAAAACCAACAGGAUAUUUUUUUUAUAAAUUCAGCACGAUGGGCUAACUGACUUGCUUUCAUCUUCAAUAUCAUCCCUCACUGAUGCCUCACUAGUAUACAUCAUUGCAUUACUAUUCAUUAAAAAAUAAAGAAUUUUCAUCAGAACUACUGCAUUGUCUCUGCCUGUAAAUUAUAUUCAAUAGUUACCACUUUACAUGAAUACAAUUGGUUUUUUACAAUUUUUCACAUUUUUUUUAUUAUAAAGGGUCAUAAUGACAUGGUAUUUGGCCAUCUGUAUACAUAUUUGGGUUUUUGUUGUAGGCUUUCUUAAUUUCAAUUGAGCAUAUAGAAAUCUUGAAGACUCAACUUCUUUUCCUUUCUGUGACCAAUAAUAAUAAGCUUCUUCAAGCUUUCAUGAAAAAUUUACAAUGAUAUUCUUAAGGAGACAUGAACAAAAUUUACAUCAAUAUUUAUGCAGAUUGUGUAAAAGGCAUAUAUUUUGAGAUCCAAUAAGAUUUUUUCUUUUACAAUAUGUAUUAAUUUUUCAACCAUUCACCAUGUAUGUUGCAAGCUUGUCAUAAAUUUGGACAAAUCACAAUGCCAGUAUCUAAUAUUAGGAAUAGAAACUAAAUUAUGACAAAAAAAAUAGAGAUAGGGUACUGUCAGACUGAGGGUAGACAUGAUAAAUAAACAGAAUAUUUUACCAAUGAAUUUAUUAAAAAAACAAACCAUGAUUUCAUCACAUAAUCUGGAAUGUAAAGCAAUAAAUGUAACACUAGUGAAAUAUACAUUGGUUGUAAAUAAUAACUGCUACUUUAGCCUCUUACAUGAUUAUACAUUAUAUUAAAAUAAAAACAGGUCUCUAAUUCUGGCAAUACGCAUUAAAUUAAAGUGCUGUACGAAUAUGAAUAAUUACACUAAAAUCGUGUAAACAUUUAUUAAGUAUUUACAAUAUAUAAGUAUCACAUAUAAUUCUAUACAUUUAUGUCAAAUACUUUGAAAAAAAAUCUUUGAUAUGAUAAACUAUUCAAAUAAUAUAUCCAACACUAGCUGCAAACAAAUAUAUCAAUAUAUGUGCUACUGUGUGCGAGAAAUAGAUGGCAAUACCCAUUUUAAUUUUCUCACGCAUACACAAACAAAUAAUCCCCUUAUUCAUAAAAACUAAAACAUGCUACAAACCUAUUUUAACUAUUAGAGGGUUUUGUUGCUGUUUUUUAAAUUGCUCAAUUAGAGCAAAAGAAAAACCAAUAGUUCAAUCGCUACAUAGGUUUAUAUUUGACUUUUUUAUAAAUAAAGGGGUUAAGUAAUUGUCGAUAGAUUUGUUUGCUACUUGUAUUCUAUACAUAUUUAGGACCUUUCACAUAUGCAGCGUGCAGUGUUUACUGAUUGUAUGGCCAUGGUAAACACAGGGUGGCACCGUCGCUGCUUUGUGUGAAAGAGCCCUUAUAGAAUGAAUUCCAUUAAACCAUAUUUUUACAAAAGGACAAGCUUAUAAUACCUUAGGUUGAAAAAAAAAAUGGAUAGGCAGUUUGUGCAUUACAGAAUUAUAAUUGACAAAAAAAUUAUAUAUGUAUUUUUUUAAUUGUGUAUUACUGAGGAGUAAUUUGCCACAAUAUAUUAGGAUUUUGCACAUUCAUCUACUAAUACUACUGUACUAAUUACAGUUUGUAUUAAACUAGCCUAAAACCUAAACUUUCAAUGUGUCAAAGUAAUUAUUUUCUAGUUGAAGGUAGUACUGCGUCUAUGAAAAGCUUCAGGUACAAAAUACAGUAGACAUGAAAAUAAAAGGCACAAACAUUAACCUAUCAUUAUAAAGGCACAAUAGACCAAAAUUCAUAUUUUAUAUGUUGUUACAUGGCACAAUCGACUUUAGAAAGAAUAAUGCAAUCGAGACAACCAGUUGGAUCAAUAAGUAAUUAUAAAUAUAUAAAAUCGAGCUUACAGCCCACCUAAUAGAAAUAACGAUUACCUAUAGACAAAAGCAGCACCAUGGAUACCAUGCUAUAUAUAGUGACACCUAUGGUUCAUAUUGCUAUUCUCAAGGACUAGAUGCUAUGUAUCCAUAAUCUGUAAUUCUAUACUCUGCCACAUCCUACCCAUCAAACCGAAUGCAACCGUUAAGCAUAACUGCUUUACAGCUAAAUCACGAGUAGAUCAAAGGUAUCCAUGCAACCAACUUUUAUAUAAAGUCUUUCUCAGUAAAUAUAGUAACUUGAGUGCUUAAAUAAACCAAAGGAUAAAGUCCAUAUUUUUGGAGCACCUUGGACUGAAUAAAUGAUGGAUAUAUCGAUUUUCGAGUGACAUCUGCUAUUAUUUAUACCCAUUUUCUAAAGUUAUUUUAAACUUGUUUUUAAGGUUAUUUUUUUAUAGAUUAACGAAAGUAUAACGUUUAAGUUAUAGAGAAAGAAUGACGUUAAAAAUCGACUACAAUGAUUGCCUGGAAUGACUAAAAUUAUCUAAUGCCGAUUGUGACCACAGGAUUCAAUGAGCAUGAAACAUAAUUGUAAUAUUAGUGUAACAAAUUUAAAUGUAAACACAUCAAUCAA